UUUCUUCUAGAACAAUGGAGUCCGGUGAAUCCAGAGGGAAAGAUGACAUACGAUAGAGAAUUUUUAUUACAGCUACAAUUUGCUGAUAAUUCUGUCUCUAAACCACAAGGGUUACCAAAUUUACCUGACAUUAUUUUAGAAAGGGUGAUGAAAAAGAAUUGGCCAAAAGGGAUUCAGAAGUUUUUUGCCUUUGAAAUUUCAGACAGGAAAUCUAAUUGGUACACACAAUUCCUUGAAAAAACAUGCAGAUCGUUGCAUUAUAAAUCCAUUUUUCUCUUACAGUCUGGCUCUAGUCAAAUGAUUCGCAAGAAAAACAGUCAACAAGGACCUCGAAAUGAACCAGGAAAAAAAAUAAUCAAAACAAUUUCCAUAUCAUCUCAAGAUAUCAAGCUACAUAAAGCUGAAAAAGCUUGGGAACCAGAAAGGAAGAAAGAUAAGAGCGAAAUGACUGAAGAAGAAAUAGAGGAGACCAAAACAAAGGAUAUAUAUAAACAAGUUAAAAGUAUAUUGAAUAAAUUAACUCCCCAAAAAUUCCAAACUUUAUUACGACAAGUAACAGAGUUAGAUAUAAAUACAGAGAGCAGAUUAAUAGGUGUUACAGAUCUUAUCUUUGAAAAGGCUGUGAGUGAACCUGCAUUUAGUGUGGCUUAUGCUAAUUUAUGUCGUUAUUUAUCACAAUUAAAAGUACCAUCUGAUUCAAAGCCAGGUGAGAUGGUGAAUUUCCGAACUAUAUUAUUGACUAAUUGUCAGAAAGAGUUUAUGAAAGAUAAUGAUGUAGAAUCUGAUUUAGAAGAAAGAAGGAAGAAAAUAGAAGAAGCAACUAGUGAGGAAGAAAAGAAAACGUUAGAAGAUGAAUUCCAAGUGGCAGCGUCAAGUGCUCGGCGUAGAUCCACAGGAAAUAUUAGGUUUAUAGGUGAAUUAUUUAAAUUAAAAAUGUUAACUGUAAAUAUUAUGCAUAAUUGUGUAUUUAAAUUAUUAAAAUCUCGAGAUGAAGAAAAUCUAGAAUGUUUAUGUCGACUGUUGACUACUAUUGGUAAAGAGUUAGAUGAAGCUAAAGCUAAGACAAGAGUAGACCAGUAUUUUCAACAGAUGUCUAAAAUUGUCAGUGAGAAGAAAACAUCCUCUAGAAUAAGAUUUUUGUUACAAGAUGUUAUUGAUUUAAGAUUACGUAAUUGGGUUCCAAGACGGGAAGAUUAUAAUCCUAAAACCAUUGACCAAAUCCAUAAAGAGGCUGCAAAAGAAAGUGCUCAAAAGGCUCUUUUAUUGUCUCAACCUCUUCCACCAACUCCAAAUCGUGGUUCUCAGAAUGCAAGAAAUGAUGAUGGAUGGACUCCUGUGUCUUCCAAAUCAUUGCGUAACAUAGAUCUGACCAAAAUGAAGAUAACCAAGACUCCAGUGGAUGACAAUAUUCAACUAGGUCCUGGUGGAGGAUCAUCAAGAUUUGGUGUUUGGGGUCGAGGCAGCAGUGGUGGUGGUCUUGCUACCAAGUCAUCUUCCCAGGAAGGUGAAUCACCUGCUAAUAAUGCUCCAGCUAAUAGAUUCACAGCUUUACGUCCAGAAGAUGAUGGGAGACCAUUUGGUCGUGGUACUAGUCCAGCUCGAAGUGAUAGUAGAAAUCGUGGUAUGGGAGGUUUUGGUAGAGGUACACUUACACCACGAUCUUCUCAAGAAAUGGAUCGUGAACGAGCUAUUGCUAAUGUUAGAAAUAUAGCCGGUAGGGGCAGUAAUCCAGCUAGUAGAGAAAAUAGUAGAACCAGGGAAUCAAGAAUAGACCAGAAACUAGAUACACAUAGUAAACAAUUAUCAGAGGAAGAAAUAGAGAAAAAGACUAAAAGUAUUAUUGAUGAAUAUUUACAUAUUAAUGAUAUCAAAGAAGCCUGUUUAUGUGUAUCUGAAAUAAACCAUCCAUCAAAUGUCCAUCUAUUUGUUGAACUGUCUAUUAAUUCUGUAUUAGAAAGAUCUAAAAUAGCUCGCCAACAGACUGGUAAUCUCCACCAUGAAUUAAUUAGUAAAAAAAUAAUCUCAGUAGAGGCAUACUUAAAAGGAUUAAAACAAACAUUAGAAAUGGCUGAGGAUAUGGAAAUUGAUAUACCAAAGAUUUGGCAAUAUUUAGGAGAGUUAAUAGGGCCAAUGGUUCAAGAUGGUUGUGUACCUUUAAGUUUCUUAAAACAAGCAUGUGAGCCACUACAAGAAAGUGGUAAAGCUGGGAACUUAGUUGCAGAAAUACUUCAUGAUGCUAGCCAAAGAUUGGGCCACAAAAAAAUAGCUCAAUUAUGGAGACAUUCAGAAUUGACAUGGACAGAUUUUGUGGAAGAAGACAAAAUAAAACAAUUCCUUUUGGAUAAAGGAUUGGAAUUUACUGUAGCUACUGAUUCUGCUCCAUCUACCCCAGUGGAUAAAGUUUCAUUUGAAACAAUACAAGAACAAUUAUUAGUUCGUUUACGUGAUGAGAAUUGUGAUAAUGAACAUAUAUUUGAUUGGAUUGAGGCCAAUAUUCCAGAUGAGAUGACAAAAUGUCCUCGUUUUAUUCGCACAUUAAUGACUGCUGUAUGUAAAAGCGCUAUCGAUGGUGUUAAUUGUAAAGUAACACAACGUGUUAUCAAACAACGUCAAGCGUUAUUAGUCAGAUACAUAGAUAAUCAACAAGAAUUCGAACUACAGGCGUUAUAUGCUUUACAAGCUUUAGUUAAUGAAUUACAACAUCCACCAGGAGUGUUGAGAUCUUUCUUUGAAUAUUUAUAUGAUGAAGAUGUUAUAUCAGAAACUGGUUUUACACAGUGGUCAGCUAGUGAUGAUCCUGCUGAACAGGAAGGCAAAGGUGUGGCAAUGAAAGCUGUAGUUCAAUUCUUUGCCUGGUUAAAAGAAGGAGAGAAUGAAGAGAGUUGA